AAAUUUUUGCAAAAAGUUGGCAAAAAUUCGGCCCUUCGGCCCAUGCCGCGCACACUCCUGCGCAAAGCGUAAAUGGCAUAGAGAGGAUCCUGCGCUUCACGGCUUCGCCCCCAUGCUUCACCUGGCCCUGGCCAACCCGUGCGGCCGUGCGGCGCACCUAUCGACGUAGCGCGCCUCCGGCGGAUGGUGCAGCAGAUUUCGAGCAGCGGAGCGGAGGAGGGGCAGGCAGGAGAGGCGACGCCACAGCAGCGCUGUGCCAGCUGUGAGUGUGUUGCUGGCCUGGUGCUGCUGCCCCCGUAUGCGGGCAUCGGCGCCAGCAUGGCGCUUUCCGUGACCACCAGCAAGAACUGGACGCCGGCGACGCGACAAGAGCCCCUGAGGGAGCGGACUGUGUCUCGCAUGCAGAGGUUGCGACGCCGGCUGAGCUUGGGACGCCUCUCGCUCUCCAAGGAAGUCAUCCUGCCCGACGCAGACAACGAGCAGCGGGUGACCCUGAACGGCUUUGAGCGGGUGGCAGACGCCAGCCAGCUGAGCCCCGUGGGAGAGGACGCCCCCCUGCCGCCGCCCCGCACCUCCUCCUCGCACAGCGGCCUGGACCGGCCGCCCCCCGGCUCGUCCGUGAAGGCCGGCUGGUUGCGGCCGACGCCGCACAGCAGCAGCUUCGACGGAUGCAGCACGACGGAACGCCGGCCAGUCUGUCGCCCCGCCCGUCCCAAGUCGGAGGUGCUCCUGUCCCAGCACAAGGCGACCCAGGCGGCCAGGAGCCCCUCCAUGUUACUAGAGGGCAGCCAGCUGCGCUUCGGCCGACUGGAGGCGUACGUGAGGCUGGAGCAGCUCGGCGAGGGCUCGUAUGCGACGGUCUACCGGGGCUACAGCAAUCUCAUGGGCCAGGUGGUGGCCCUCAAGGAGAUCCGGCUACAGCCUGAGGAAGGCACCCCCUUCACAGCCAUCCGGGAAGCGUCCCUGCUGCGCGGCCUGAAGCACGCCAACAUCGUGACCCUGCACGACAUCAUCCACACCAAGGACACUCUAAUGUUCGUCUUCGAGUAUGUGCACACGGACCUGAGCCAGUACCUGGAGAAGCACCCGGGGGGCCUGCACAGCCGCAACGUGAAGUUGUUCCUCUUCCAGCUGCUGCGGGGGCUGGCCUACUGCCACCGGAGGCUCAUCCUGCACAGGGACCUGAAGCCCCAGAAUCUGUUGAUCAGCGAGCAGGGGGAGCUGAAGCUGGCAGACUUCGGCCUGGCCAGGGCCAAGUCGGUGCCAAGCCGCACCUACUCGCACGAGGUGGUCACCCUGUGGUACCGGCCCCCUGAUGUCCUGCUGGGCUCCACGGACUACUCCACUUCCCUGGACAUGUGGGGCGUUGGCUGCAUAUUCAUCGAGAUGGUCACUGGAGCUGCCGCCUUUCCCGGAGUCAAAGACACCGGUGACCAGCUGGAGAAGAUCUGGAAGGUUCUGGGCACCCCGACGGAAGCGACGUGGGAAGGGGUAUCUCGGCUAAAGAACUACAAACUACACAAAUGCGGCAUGUACCCAGGCCAGCCCCUGCGCACGGCGUUCCCCAAGCUGGCCGAGGUGCCGCAGGCCGACGAGAUGGCCAACCGGCUACUCCAGCUUCGACCCCAGGAUCGGAUCUCUGCGUCCGAGGCGCUGCACCAGCUGUACUUUGCAGACCUUCCGCCCCAAGUGCAUCAGCUGCCUGACCAGAGCUCGCUGUUCACGAUUGCGGCCUGCAAGCUGGCUCAAGAGACGUACAACAUGCCCCUCUCUGUGAUGAAGGCAGCUGCCAAGCUCCGCUGCUAGCUGUGAUAAGACUCCAGUGAAUCUCAAGCCAUUCCGACCGUCCACCGCGGCUCCCGAGAAGCCGCUCCGUCGUAGUUGUGCCGCGGCCGUGCUCCGGCCGCGCUGCAGCAGUGUCGCCACAGCUCAGGACGCCCAGAGAGUGUUGACUGUGGCACAAGCCUUCCGACGGUUCGUUGGGCAACCCUCGUUCGAGGCUCGUGAACUGGUCAGCGCCGUGGCCAGUGUGAUCUAGGCGACAAAACACUGAGCAUGUUUGCAAUUUUGCAUCUCGCACUUUUGUGGUGCACCGGUGGUUGUUGGAACAAUCGUGUGUGGCACCCCAAGAGCCACCCGAAACAAGAUCUGUGGUUUCUUGCCUCCAAUGAAAGAUCUGUUGGAAA